GCGCCUUGCCGCCCCACCCGAAGCAGCCGAAGCAGCCGGGCAAGGCGCCGCGACGCACACCCACGCACGCACCGCCAGGGCGUCCUCGAGCACGACAAGGAGGGCCUGGGGCUAGUGGCACCCCGGUGGCAGACGAUUCCCUCCUCGCAGUCUCUCUCUCUCUCUCUCUCUCUCUCUCUCUCUCUCUCUCUCUCUCUCUCUCUCUCCUUCGCGAGUGCAGAUUUCCUUGGAUUACCUGCCCAGAGGCGUCGGGGAGUGUCGUCGGCAGGAGUCCUGAGUGUUGUAUUGAGCUGGCUGCUGGUACCAGGCGUGCUGUCUGACACGGCUACAGUGCCCCUAAAGAUCCUGAAGCAUCCAGAAGGGGGCCUGAAGGACGCGAAGACCUCGUCACACGUGGGGCCACCCUGCUCCCGGGGGAAAUAACAUCGGGUAAGAACGACGGCGUCGUCUCGCAGAGGGAGGAGUCCGGCCGCGGGGAGAUAACAUCAGCGCGAGGAACACAAAGAAUCUGUGAGCCACCAUGCCCGUGGGAGGUCGCGUGUCCGGGAAGGUCGGCAUCUACUCCAACGUCCGACGGAGCGGCCACCACAGCGGCAUCAACGAGGAGAUCAUCUGGGUGAGCAUCGGCAUGGCGGUGACGAUCGCGGUGCUCAUCACCAUCGCGCUGUGCUACAUCGCGCGCGAGAAGUGGCGGCGCCGUUGCGAGAUCCGGAAGUCAAAAUGAGAGUUGCUGGGGCGGUCCAAGAAGUCCGCCCCCAAGGCCGUGGCG